ACGCUGAUUUAAACUUAAUUUUAAGUGAAGUGACAUUACUAAAACUAAAAUUAACAGGGAACUAUAAAAUAUAUUAAGAAUACAGUAGUACAUUGAUGAAUUAACAUAAAUAUGGAUAGAAAACAUCCAGGAUUAUCUAAUUUUCAAGAAGAUCAACGGGCAAAUUUUCUCGCUCUUAUAUUGUUGGAUGCACUGGAGGAUGGAAAUGACAGCGAUAUAAAGUCCAUACUUGAAAAGAAUAAUGUGGAUCCGAGUUACGUUCCUGUCGACCGCGGCAUAUCGCCACUGCACUAUUCCUGUGGAAUGGAGAAUGCAGAAUUGGCUUUGGACAUUACAAAAAGAUUCCUGGAUGACGGUGCUGAUGCUAAUGUGCGGUCCAACGAAAAUAUGACACCAAUUCACGUAGCAGCGAUAUUUGGGCGUGUGGAUAUUGUCAGUUUACUUCUGAAAUAUGGUGCGGAUCACGAUGUGAUGGACGAUGAACGUAAAACACCGAUGCACUAUGCUAUAGAGGAAUGCCAUUUCGAAGUACUGGAAGUUAUUCGAGAUCACGUCUUUCGGCAUAAGUACGAGCGAAGACUUGAAAAGCAAAACGAAGAGAAUACCCAAAAAAGUGUCCCUCAACGUGAACUUUCUCCACCGCCGAGAAUACGAAGCAGACCAGAUGAAAAAUCAUCAGAUAUUACACCGAUUAACAAAAUGCUUGUGAACGUAGUUGCCAAAGAUGGUGGAAACCACGACACAUCAAAAAAUAUGUACACGCCUAAUCGGGUGCACUAUAAUUAUGACGUGACGUCCCCAUAUUACAUCAAUAUCACCCAUCGCAGACACAGACCUCAGCCUGUCUUUCCAGCUGUUGAAUCCCCGCUCACUUCUCAAACUAAAUUAGCCAUAACGGAAGAUGUACCUUCAGAAGUGCAAGUUAGGGGUUCUGAGGCAGCCCAUCUGAAUGCACUACCUGCUCCGCAAAAGUCCGUUAAUGUUUUUGAACUAACUGAGCAAAACUUGAAAGAUCUUUCGCUGGCCACUUCUAAAUUAGAUCGUUCGUGCAUGUCAAUGGUGGAGGCUUGGCGCAAGAAAGUUGAGUGCUCACGUGCGAGAAAGUCAAUUUUAAGGCAAUACACUAACGUGGAAGAAAUGUUGGAGGAAGUAAUGAAAAAUGAGCAUCUUAACUUUACUAACACGGUCUUGCAAGAAAAAGAAAAGACGGUUUCAGAGGAUGAGCCUGCAAAGCCCCUCACUGAGUCCGUGGGGAAGUUCUUUUCUAAUUCGAAACCCUCAUUGGGUUAUAUAAUGCAAAAAGCGGCGCAGGCCCAUGUCGUAGAUAUGGAUCCUCCAGGCCCUGGCCCAGAGCUAGACAGUAGCUACCACACUGUUCCACCGCUAACUGAAAAUAAUUUAAAUGGAAACGUGAGGAAAACGUUACCAGCGUCCGAUAUACAAAAAUCAGCAAAAAAGGAUUCUGAAGAAAAAUGUACAAAAAAUGCAGCGAAUGAAUAUUUUUUGCAAAUGACUGAGGCAUACGUUCACACUGACGAUGAGAAUGGACUAGUUUUUUACGAAACCAAGCUACUAAGUACCCAAAGUCAGGCAUCCAAUGGGUACGAUCAACAAAAUUUGAACUGUACUGCGUCGACUAAUAUUACAAUCCCUUUGGACUACGAAACAGAUGAGCUGCGCGCUGAGCUGACACAUUUUGGUGACCCACCAGGACCAAUAACAAAGAGUACUAAAAAGCUGUAUAUAAAAAGACUGAUAAAAUACAGAAGAAAUGCGCCAGACCCGCUUGAAAUUGAUGCUAAGAGGAAAAAUAACACAAAUGGAAAUGCAAACUUCUCGGUUGAGCUGCACCGCACCAUUCGCUCUCCAGAACAUUUUUCUGCAAUACCGGAGUACCUCACAUACGAGUCUAAAUCAGCAGAGUACUUUGCUAAUCUUCAGAAUAAACAUAAAAUGAGAGAAGGUCAUCUAAAACAAAGUUUCAUAUAUAUGCUGAUCGAUCCGCGCAUCUCCUGUAAUUUGCCCGGAGAAAGAGUGUACCUUGACGAGCAUAAAGCAUGGGUACGUUUCCUCAAUUCAGUAUUUUAUGUGGGCAAAGGAAAAACUUCACGACCAUAUUCCCAUUUAUAUGAAGCAAUGAAAUUGCAUUCACGAGUUCACAGUCAGCAGAAUUUUUCAGAGCCCAACACAAAAUCUGUGAAAUCCCAACGGAAGAAAACUUCCUCUUUUCAGAAGUACACUCUUUGUGUGGAUAUUUUGCAGUCAAACCACAAUAAGUCGUUGGAAAAUAAAAAACUACGGCGGAUUCUGGAUAUUUGGGGCUGUGGUAAAGGCGUUGUGUGCUUACACGUCUUCCACAAUAUAUUGCCCUGCGAAGCGUAUACACGAGAAGCAGCCAUAAUCGAUGCAUUCGGUCUACAACAUUUAACCAAUUAUAAACGCGGUGAUUACUACGGACCAUCGCAAACCUGGACUAUGAAAGAAAAAAAGUUUUUAGGAAUCUCUUUGCUGUACAAAGCGAUGCAAAUCUAUUUAGCCGAAGGAGAGUCGCAGUUGUCUCCAAGUGAUCUUAUUUAAAUUUGUUAGCUAUUUGCACCGUGUAUACCUAUUUAUAUGUAUAUAAUGAAGAAAUGUGAUAUUUUUGUCUAUCCAAAAUAUAUAUAUU